UGGACCGAAGGGAGUGAUGUCGUUGGCCUUUGCAGCUCCCGCGCUAAGCUCUUGCUUCCAGUGGGCAAAAUAAUGCCGUUUCAUCACCACGAACUUUUUCGCCUUGGUUGAUUAAUGCAGUUGGAUGAUAACUCCUAGCAGAAUUUCAUUUUUUUCGGUGAAAAGUGAGAAUAUAUUGGCUGAUAAAGUAUAAAAAAUAUAUAUAUGACGGAAAAAAAAUGAGCUGGGUAUAAGAAAUCCUUUUAAGAUGAAAGGGAAAGGCUCGGGUACGUCCUUCCAUCCUGAGUGGGUAAGAAAGAAAAUCUAAUCGACGCUUGAAUCGAGCCUUUCAGUUCCUGAAAAGGCUCUCUAUCUUCGCAAAAGUUACACACAUCAGAACCAGCUCUGAAGGUUUUUGUGUUCCCACUGAACAGGUCGAACGAAGACAGUACAUUAGUUUUCCUCCGACCACAGAUACAUAGCGAUAAGAUCAACUUGCAGAGAAGCUGGAAAGAGACCACUUCAAGUAGAGAUGACCAAAUACAGUUACUACUGUGGGUGGAUUCGUAUGCUUCUACAGCUGUCUUGCCUAGCAAUGGUGGUGUCGUCUCCCAGCAAUACCAGCCAACCUACUGAAUCCGCUACACAAAAAGAAGAGGUGACAGAUCCCGAUCCCUUUUGGGAAAUCCGCCAUGUCUUGCCCGAGCUGGACCUCGAGAACAAUACAGUCACUGAAGUUCGCAUCAACGCCGGCGAGAUCGCCCUCCUGCCCUGUCGAUUUCCCCAGCUCUCUACUCUCCAUCAGGCAUUCCUGUUGCUGCAAGUGUCUUGGAUCCGCCGGUGGGACUGGCACAUCCUCACGACUGGCAUUUACACGUACACCAGCGACGCUCGGUUCAAGGUGCUCCACCCGGAGGGAUCAGACGACUGGACGCUGCAGAUCAAAUACGUAGCCACGAAAGACAACGGCACAUAUGAGUGUCAAAUGUACACCGGAACUGGAGUUCUAUCCCAGUUCGUGAAUCUACAGGUGGAAACGCCAACUGCGGUGAUCAGUGGCCCUAGUGAGAGGCACGUGCAGGAGGGGGACACCCUGACCCUUAUUUGUCAUAUAAACCAGAUACAGCCAUCGUUCGUAUUCUGGUACCACAACUCUGUCAUGGUCAAUUACGACACUGGACGCGAAAGCCUUAAAGUCACGACAGAAGAGAAGGAAGUCACGACCAGCUCUCGGCUCACCAUCACCGACGCCAGGCAGUGGGACUCUGGCAACUAUACUUGCGUGCCGCCUAAUGUACAUCCAGCCUCAGUCAUAGUUUUUGUGACAGAAGGUGACACCGUCGCUGCCGUUCAACGACGAGGCCACAAUGGCAGUGGAAGUAGCAGCAGUAGCAGCGGGAGCGAAAGGAGCACCACCGCCACCAAUAAGAAUACCGACCACGCCGAUGUCAGCACAAGUAAUUCUGUGGCGUCGCUGGAGCUGGACAAAAUCGUUUCUGUAUUCGCAGUUUAUUUCAAUAUUGUGUUCUCUGUAAGAUGAGGUCGUGUCGACUCAGGUUCAGGAAGGGAACAUAGCACUUGUUUACAAAGUCACCGGACGAUAGGCCUUGUUACUCGCCCCUUGGGAAAUUAAUUGUCA